UGACGAUCGGAUGUGUGUGCUAACGUGGUAUUUUUUUAAUAAAAGUUUCUUUGUGGCGUUUUUUGUGCGAUCGAGGACAUUUGAUAGUUUGAGGUAAACUAAACAAGAGAGAUGUGCGAGUGUUAAAAUAGUGUACUACAAAAAUGGCAUCAUUCAAAGAAAAAUUAACUUUAGUGUUAGUAAUAUCUAAUAUACUAAGCCUAUCCCUAUGUGACAGUGAAGUCGAGAACUAUGCAAUAGACAGUGACGUCACACGUGACGUAACAGACGAACGUUACAACAAACAAAUAGACAGUGAAACAGAAGAAAAAUUCAACACAACCGAAGACAUAAUUGAAACGAAUCAAAAGAUAAACAAUACGAAUAAAAUAGACAUAGAAAUGGAAUACGAAAUAGACACACCAGAAGUAAACAUAACAGUAGAAACAACAACAGCUGUGAUAGACAUACCAGAAGCAUUAGGUCUUAAGACAUUUGCGAAUGUAGAUUACGAGUACAGUCAACCGAAUAAAAAUGUAGAUGACAAAAUCGAUAGUUUAACUGAUGCUGACGGUACUGACGUCACAGAAGCGGGUUCGUUGUCUACAAUAGACAAUAAUGUUUAUAAAUUCAAAGACAUUGUGCCUGAGGACAUGUAUUCGAGUCACAGCGGAAGGGAAGAUGAAGUGACAGAAACGACAUCGAGUGCAACUACCAAAGGCUUUGACGAGACAGUCACUAAUGAAAACCAGCUCAGCAGCUCAGGACAGAGGAUACCAAAGACUGAUAAUUCCGAAGCCAAACAGCCAAUAGACAAACGUAACAAUGAUGCUAAACCUCGCUCCACGGUUCACACCAGCAAGAAAUCCACUCUAAGAUCCUGGUUGGAAGACACCUGGUUACGACCGCCCGCUGGUAUCCUAGUACCAUUAAGACCGAGGGCACUACAACGUGCACUAGAUGUCUGGAAAGAUCUAACCGCUGAUGGUUCAUUGAAGAUGACAGAUAUUGUUAUCGUCGGAUUUGAUUCGAAAGGUAUCAGCUGGAGAUCCCGUCACAAUUUGCAGGCAAGCGGAACGUCCGAUGACAAAACCGUCGCAGAUGCUAUUACCAAACUCAUCAUCAAGUAUCAGGGCGUACGACCUGAGUCAGCUAGUGAUGGGACGUUACGUGCACUGGCAUCAGCAGCCAAACUGGUACCAUAUGACAGUGCACUCUUCCUCAUAACUGACAAAGAAGUGGGAGAUCCAUUGAAACUUCCUCUAGCAUUGAGAGCACUGGUGGAGAAGAGAUUGAAGGUGUACACAAUUUGGACAGACCCACAUUAUCCAUCAAUUGAAUCUGAGCUGAGUCUUGUUGAACUGAGAAAUAUCUCCACACAUACAGAAGGAGAUGUAUUACCUUAUUCUUUACAAGCUACGGAAUUAGAGAAUGGUAUACCACCAGUAGCUGAACUACAGCAAUGGGAACCUCUAGCCGAAGCACAGUUGGGACCGAGGCGGGCAAGAUUACGUCAAAUCGAAGAGGACAGUUUUGAUACGCUGUUGAUAUGGAGGGGAGGAGGUGAAGCUAUAUCUCUGGGUAUACCUGUGGAGGCAGGCGUCACCGCACUAAGGAUCCUGAUAGAAGGGGAUGUAGAUCAUGCAGCUCUCUUCCCACCUAAUGAGGCGCCUCAGGUGGACCUGUUCAAUGAGACAUCAGUGAAGCAGUUUUCAACAUCAUCCAGGACUGACGGAUUGGUCCCAAGAGAUGUCUACCUAGCAUUCCCUGGUGCUCCACAAAUAGACGUAUUGUCAGUCGUGCCCGUGACUCCAACUAUGGCGGACGUGCCGAAUGACCUGGUCGGCGUGUGGCAUCUCAGCGUGCGCUGCGACAGCUGCGAUUACAGACUGAGCGUCUUCGCAAGGGCGAGAGUACAUUUCAGAGCUGAGGUUUACGAAGAUUCGCUGAACCUUCGGGUAAUAGGUCCAGUAGCAAGCGUCCGAGAGUCAUCGCUAGUUGACGAGUAUGGCACCGAAUUGGCUAAACUACCUUUCAGCUACCCUGCAUCAUCAAACACUAAUCCGGCUCACAUAAACCUUGUGACUGAAAUAGAAGAGGAGGUCCCAUUGCCCAAACUCAAAGUAUCAAGAGUAUACGCGAAAAUAUUAGGAAGAAAUAUACAAGGGGAUCCCUUCAUCAGAUUCUCAGGACCUAUCGACCAAGAGAUCGAAGUAAGGAACGGCAGAUCUGCUGUCAUCUUUCCAAACUCCAACAAUGAUUUAGAGGGGGUAGAAGAAGAAAAUAUAUACAUGCAUAAAAUGCGCUUGAAUGAGACAAACGCAAUACCUUAUGGUCGAAUAUCUAGGGUAGUUCAACAAGGUACACUUGUGACAGCACUCAUGAUAGGACUGGGAUCAAGGCUUUACGGAUCACCGGGUGAUAGUCUGCAGUUGCAAUUCGAAGUCAGUAACUAUCGAGAACAAGCCGUGAGAUUCACUUUUGGAGCGACCGGAGAACUAAGAUUCUUGAGGAGCAUAGAACCUACGUCACAAACAAUACAAUCAGGACAGACCGUCAAUGUGAUAGUUAACUUAAUCAUCUCGACCGCAGCACAGCCAGGAGUCAGAGAUUUCAUCACUUUCACAGCUUAUGGUUUGGAUCAGAUAUCAAUUUCGGCGUACGUCUACGUCGUUAGUCCUAAUGAGAGUCAAGUGGAUACAUUUGCGCCUGAAGUGAGACACAACUUCCAAGGACAUUGUAUUGGAAGAAUGCGCAAUGAUUGUGCAGAAUAUACUUGGUCUGCUACUGUAUUCGCGAGGGAUAGUGGAGGUCUACUUCGUAUCACAUCAACACCACUAGGUCUAAUGGCUGCACAAGACAGGACAUUUAUAUCUGGCACUAGAGAGGAAGUGGUCACCGUAUACCGAUCAACAUGUUGUAGUACGAGGGUUGUUGUGAACGCUGUAGAUAUCUACGGCAACACAAACAGCUAUACAAUGGAUAUAUCCAAUUACAUCACAGACGCUGGUAUAGCAGCUAUAGUUCUUGGUGUAUUACUGAUCAUUGCUUUGUUAGCCAUAUUAAUAUUCCUUAUAACUUGGUGCGUUAGGAAACGUAAAUCUUCGAGAGAACUACCUUCAUAUGCUACUAGAAAUGUUACCUAAGUUCAUUUAAAUUGUAUUUAACACAUUGUUUUUAAUAUUCACCACAUAUUAUAA